UCGGCAGUGGUUCUGGGAGGCUUGCGGGGGUGGUGCUGCUAUUUGCAGGCGGCAGCGGCGCAGGCGGCGGCGGCGGCACGGUGCAGAGCUCACACCGCGCCUUUGCAGCAGCCAGCAGCAGCAACUGCGGAAGCACUCCCGCGGUCACAGCCUCUGCGCUGGUACAGCCACCCUCUCUCCCUCUGCUCUUCCUCCCUUCGCUCGCACCAUGGCUGAUCAGCUGACCGAAGAACAGAUUGCUGAAUUCAAGGAAGCUUUCUCCCUAUUUGAUAAAGAUGGCGAUGGCACCAUCACAACAAAGGAACUUGGAACUGUCAUGAGGUCACUGGGUCAGAACCCAACAGAAGCUGAAUUACAGGAUAUGAUCAACGAAGUGGAUGCUGAUGGUAAUGGCACCAUUGACUUCCCAGAAUUUUUGACCAUGAUGGCUAGAAAAAUGAAAGACACAGACAGUGAAGAAGAAAUCCGUGAGGCAUUCCGAGUCUUUGACAAGGAUGGCAAUGGCUACAUCAGUGCGGCAGAGCUACGUCACGUCAUGACAAACUUAGGAGAAAAACUAACAGAUGAAGAAGUAGAUGAAAUGAUCAGAGAAGCAGAUAUUGAUGGGGAUGGACAAGUCAACUAUGAAGAAUUCGUACAGAUGAUGACUGCAAAAUGAAGACCUACUUUCAACUCCUUUUCCCCCCUCUAGAAGAAUCAAAUUGAAUCUUUUACUUACCUCUUGCAAAAAAAAAAAAAAAAAGUUCAUUUAUUCAUUCUGUUUCUGUAUAGCAAAACUGAAUGUCAAAAGUACCUUCUGUCCACACACACACAAAAAAAUCUGCAUGUAUUGGUUGGUGGUCCUGUCCCCUAAAGAUCAAGCUACACAUCCGUUUUACAAUAUAAAUACUUGUACUACCUUAAUGAUAAGGAAGCACUUAGUGGACUCCUUAAAGUUCCAUUUGCUAAUGAUUAAUACACUGUUUGGGCUGGCCAGUUUUUCAUGCAUGCAGCUUGACGAUUGAGCACAGUCAGGCAUUUGUAUUAAAAACGAAAAAUGAAAAAACAAAUUCAAAACCUAUUCAGAAGGGUUCUAUUCAAUUUGUUAGCAUAAAUUGUCAUCGCUGGUUGACUGAAAAUACUUUUUAAAAUUGAUUUACCUCAGGAUGAUGUGCAGAAAAGUGGGUGAAGGAUAAGCUCUGGCGACACAGCCCCGCUGGUGGGACGGUCCUCUUGUUCUGUGCACGCUGACCCGCGGUGGCAGUGACGCAGCCCGAGGGUGCCUGCGUGUGUGGGGUUCGCGUUCUCUGCACUAGAGUGAAACGGGGUCAGGCUGUCACUGUCCACACACAUUUUUAAAAAAGAAACCUUUACCAAGGGAGCAUCUUUGGACUCUCUGAUUUUAAAACCUCCUGAACCAUGACCUGGAGCCGGCAGAGUAGGCUGUGGACUUGAGCACAGCCCGUCAACAUUGCUGUUCAAGAAAUUACAAUUUCCGUCCAUUCCGAGUUGUAAAUGCUAGUCUUUUUUUUUUUUUUUCCAAUAAAAAGACCGUUAACUUAAAGUGGUGUUAAAUGCUUUGUAAAGCUGAGAUCUAAACGGGGACAAGACAGUUGGAGGGGAGGCCAGCACCCAAUUAAAUGCCCGCAGCCCAGCCUUGGGUUUCCCUCCCUCCAAGAGUUCCCCACACCAACCUCUGAGGCCCAAGCCCUGCCUGAAACCAAGCAGAUGUGACUGCUUCACCCUGUUGAUUGAUGUGGAGGGCUAGUUGUGUUUUCACUGGAGGGGGUGUGUGUGUGUACAUACGUGUGCAUGCACGUGAAAUAUGGUAACUUUUAAAGAUCUAUUCAGAUAGUAGAGCUCUUAAGGAAGGAAGAAACCACUCUCAAGCACGUAUUUAAGGGUUCUUAAUCGUGCUGCAGAUUACUUGUUUUAUGUAACUACUGGAGAUCGUCUGUAUAAGAGACAUGGUUUAUUGUGUGUAAUUGAAUCCUCGCUGUGUGGUAGAAGCAGUAGUCACUUUCUAAGCCAGUCUCUUCAUUUCUAAAAGACACUACCAGUCACCUUUUGAGUCAUGACUUUGGAUUUUUGAUUAUGUUUACCUUAGACUUUUUUUACUGCUUCUGUUUUGGUUUUUGGUUUUUGAAGUUGACUUGACUUUGCUUUUCUCCCCAAGUAGGACAAAUACUAACCCCUAGCUUGAAAGUAGGACUCCAGCCCAGAAUGAAUUUGGGGUCUAAUUAUAAACCUGUAACCCAAACUUAAGAGGCUGGUAUUGGUCUUUUCAGUGGGAUUGGCACGUUGAAAAAGACCCCUUAAAGAAAUAUUAGCAGAGUGCUGUUUUUCAAAUGAAGACUGGCUGUGCAUUUUUCGUGGUGUUCACUGAUUGUAUCUUAUUAGCAAGGAGAUGUGGAUUUUGAGUGAGUGGGUGGUUUUGAUUUGCCAGGGAACAGUUGCAGGCUACCAGCGAGGCAGUGAGGAGCUCUUGGCAGCCAAACAGGUGCAUUCAGGGCUGAUUUAUUGAGACCCUUUGCUUCUUCUCCUACUCCCUGUCUCUCUGGCAAUUUGCAGCUUUUUAGGUUUUCUGCCAGAGGGGUGGGUCAGAGCAGUGGAGAGACACCCCACCUGCUGCUUCUGCUACUGGUCCUUAGACUGGGUGGUUGGUAGGGGGAGGUUGACAAUCUGAACUCCAUAUUGGCCCUCACAAUUCCCUGAAAUUCUGAGAAUACUGUGGGGCUUCUGCUUGUGGUGAGAUAGGAAGGAUAGAGGGCUCCUAGGAUGUCUGCAAGAGGUGUUUGAAUAGGUUAAGUGGCCUGGAUGUUUCAGGGUCAAAUAGCCUGACUUUUGACCCAGUCUCAGGUUUUAGCCUGUGGUUGAUGACUUCUUGGUAGUUUUAAAGAGGGGUUGGAGGAGUGAUGGUUUGAUGUGUUUUUACUUCUCUUUCUAUCUUAGUCUUUCACUAAGUCUCUUAGAAGCUGGGUGGACUCCAUUUUAGCGGUCCCAUGGCAUGUCCUAAAAGACCAGAUUCUCAUAUGGCCAGGAUCCUGUUUGGAAAUCAGAAACCUUCCCCCCAGGGAACGCUGAGUUCCAGUUGGUGCAGAGGUGAGGAGGAAUCCGAUGUUGCCUUUCCCCUGGCACUUGGGGGGACGACCGGCCCAGGGGUUGAGUAUUUGCAGUUCAUGUGGCAUUGCGAGAGGUGGUAGCUGGGUGUCGUGGCAAUGCUCUUAUUAAAGUUGGUUUAGUUAGCACCUUCCUGUAAACUCUUGCCCCCUACUUCUAACUGCUCUAUAAAUAUAUACAUAUAUAUAUAGAUAUAAAAGUGACUAGUUUAACUGGCAUCCCGCUUUAGCCUGAGACUUGCCAUAAAAAAAAAACUGAGUACUUGGCAAACACUUUCCUAGGUUGUUCUCCAUCUGUUUGGGGUAGGUGUUGAGCAAGGCAAAUGUAUGUUGCUAUUUCAGACAGGCUUUUGAUGCACUGUUGCCAAGGAAGACUUUUUCUGAUUUUUCGACAAAUGAAUUUUUUGCACAGUUUUAAUUGGUGUCUUUCAGCAACUUAAACACAUUGAAAAUUAGCUAUUGUACAUAUUUUUAUAUUCUCUUUAUAAAUGCAUGUCUGAUUGUACUUGUAACAAUAUUGUAACAAAUGGCUGUCCAGUAGGCCUAGAGCUGCUGUGUCACAUCCGAGGAGUAGCAGAUUGUUAGCCCCCUCAGCAUUCUGGAAACUUCUUCCUAAUCAAAGAAUGUAAAUUUGGUUCAAGUCUGCUCUUUGUUCAUUCAAUUAUUUUAAACAUUUGCAUUAUUUAUUGUAUAUCCUAAAUACAUGUAUCCUUUUGGCAGUGACUAGAUUCCACUAAUGUGUCUUAAUCUGUCUCUUCAGCUGGCAGUCACCGUUUUCUUUUUUAACCCUUGAGGUUCUGUAGGAGACAGAAAUCCUUUGCUGUCUGUACUCCUUGGCAUAAGAAAGUAGUGACGUGGGUGGAGUGUGUGUUCUUUCUCCAAAUCUGCUAUAAUGUUCAUUAAACACUUCUGUAGCAAAGACGGUAGAAGUUUUCUUGUUACGGAAGUUUCCCUUCACCAUGGCUAUUUCAAAGGAGAUGCACUUGAAUGUUUCUGUAAAUCUUGAGAUAAACUGUUUGGAGAUUUAACCACCUCUCUGAUGGGGGACCAACUCUAUGGAAAUUGUAAAUAAGUUUUAUUUAUAAACCUGGCACUGUAUUCAAUAAACAUUUCUGCAGCCUUUCAUCUC